CCGUCUCACUCACAGCUUGCCUCGCUCGCUACGUACUACGUGCUACGUGCCCCCCUAUUACAUCGUUUGUAAUACCAGGGUGGGCGAUCAUUAAACACUAUUCUAACAAUUGAACGUUCUAGAAUCAUAUUGUGUUUAACGCUCGCUGCGGUAGCAGCAUUCAUUUGUUUGUGAUUCUUAUACUCAGCUUUAUAUUUCAUAUUGUGUGUGUGCUCAAAGAAAUUUACGAAAAUGAAAAAGACUAUUAUUAUAAUGUUGUUAAUAUAUGCAACGAUUAAUAUCGAAGCCAGAAAAAUGUCUUCUAGAGGUCGAAGUUCAUCGAAAAGCACUUCGAGCAGAUCGAGGUCGAACGCACAUCCCUCACCGACUUCACUAAGUUACCCUCAACCUGCAGUCGCUAAGCCUUCUCUAUUCGGCUGGCAAGAAAAACCGUCACAUACAGCUCAGAAGCCGACUAAUAAACAAAGCCACUCUUAUCCGUCAAGUCACACGGGCCUUUCGGGAAAUAAUGCACCUAAACAACCACCCCCUUACCAAGAAAGUAUUCAAAGAAGUAACGCUCCCGCUCCAGUUUUACAAACACCACAUAGAGGACCAACGCAAUCACAAGGAACGAACCAAAAUGGUCACUCGUAUCCCACUUCGAAUGGAUUAUCAGGUAACUCAAAACCCGGUGGAUUAUCUGGUGCUGGUUCGGGAGCAAGCUACCCUCAGCAACAAAGUGUAGGCGGUGCUUCCGGAAUUGGAUAUCCUCAGCAUGGGACCGGCUAUUCUGGAUCUAAUGUGGCACCACCUCCUUACAGUCCAGGAAAUAUUAAUCGACCAUAUAAUGCCGGCAAUCAAGCAAAUAAUUAUGGCAACGGAUAUCAACAUCCACAAGGGCCCCCACCUCCUUAUUCUAAUUUCCCACAAAGUUAUGGCGGAUUAGGUGGUCAUGGAUAUAAUCCGGGAUAUGGUCAACAAAUGCCUGGUUACUUUGGUAACUAUGUAGGCAAUGGAAAAGGUUUCGGUGGCAUGAGUAGAACUAGCUCUGCACUCACGGGCGUUGGAAUAGCAGGAGCUGGUGUCGGUACUAUACUAACUGGUUUAGCGUUAUGGAAUCUAGCUAGAUCAACUGGUCACCGCCAUCAUACUGUAAUUUACGACAACAGAGGUCAACCAGUAGCUGUAGCUCCUGGUAACAGUACGGAGCCUGUAGUAGAUCCCAUAAUGGGUGAUUUAGUAAACUGUACACUUACGAUUAGUAACGAUAACGUCACAGAAGUUCUAGCCAUUCCUUGUGCGAUAGCUACUUCAUUCACACCAAACGCUGAUGUAAAAGAGGCUGAUAUAAACAAUAAUACCAGUGAUAACACAAAAUGUACUGUCACUGUGGUAACCAAAACUGGCAGAGAAUUCAUGACUACUAUACCCUGCUCUAUAUUAUUAAAUUCAGCCGCAAGUAAUAACGUCACUGAACCACCAUUACAACUCAAUAUUACGGAGGUUGAUGCUGGAACAUUGAAACCCGGAGAAAAUACUCUUACAAACCAAUCGGAAGCUCUUACACUUAACGAAACUGUUGAAUAUAAUGCUACCUUGAAUUGUACUCCGGAAUUUGGAGAAAUCAGGGAUCCUAUUAAUCCUUGCUUAACUGCGAUAAGCAAUUUAACUGUAAUUCCGCUUUCUACAACUGAGAAAUCAAAAGAAAUAAGUCAUUAAUUGCGUUAAGAUUUUGUUACACAUCUUGUCUUGCUUACCAACUACAAAAUUUAUUGUACAUUUCGGUUUUAAUUGUCUUUUGUGCGUAGUGAAAAUUAAAAAAAAAUU